AUGGCAACGGCUAAGACCUGGAAGAUUUGGAGGGAAAUCGGAGACGCCGUGGUUAAUGCGUCGAGGAACCCUAACCGGAGAUGGUACGGACCUCACAUGGCCGCUUCGGUUCGAGCAAUAUCAGAACGUAUACAGCUAGUCGAUUUCGUACUCGAGAUCAGAGACGCUCGUAUUCCGUUGUCUUCUGAGUAUGAGUUGUUGAGAAAGUUUCCACCUUUACCGUCAAAACGGAUCCUUGUGUUGAACAAGAUGGAGCUUGCGGAUCCUUUGGAGUUGAACAAGUGGAUGGAUUAUUUUGAGCAGAGAAAUUAUCUGUCCUAUGCAGUUAACUCACAUAAUAAAGAGUGUGUCAAGCAAUUUCUCAAUUUCUUGCAGAGCCAAGUUAGGGAACUGCACAAGUCAGGCCAUUCUGGUCAUACCACAACGAUGAUGCUCCUCGGGAUUCCUAACGUGGGAAAAUCCGCUCUCGCCAAUUCUCUUCAUCAAAUCGGGAGGAUUAGUGCUGCAGAGAAAGGUAAGCUAAAGCAUACAACAGUUAGUCCACAGCCUGGAGAUACUAAAGACAUUAUGAGCUUGAAGAUCGGUAGUCAUCCCAACGUCUAUGUACUGGACACGCCUGGAAUUUUCCCUCCUAGUCUACUUGAUGCUGAGAUCUGCUCAAAAUUGGCUUUAACAGGAGCUAUCCCGGAUGAUAUAGUUGGGGAGACAAAACUCGCACGGUUCUUUUUGACUAUUCUAAACUCUAGCCAUGAAUACAAGAAAUGGGAGAAACUUUGCAAAUCUCAGGAUUUCACAGAGAGUUUAUCCAACGAAAUCUCCACGUCUUAUGUUCAACGUAAGAGGCAGUACCCAACAGAUCAUACACAGGAUUUUAUAGUUUACGAUGUAAGGAGGGUUCUGUACGAGACAAUUUCAGCGUUUGACGGAGACUUAGAUGAUGAUAUCAGCAUGGGAAAUCUUAUAGAGACGCAGUUCGCUGCCUUGAGAACGGUUCUUAGGGUUACAGAAGAAGCAAGUGAGUUUGCUGAUCUCAGAGUUGCUUCUAAGAUAUUGAAUCUAUAUAGAACUGGUAGACUUGGGCAUUACACUUUGGAACAUGUUUCUGCUUCAGAAAAAUCUUAACA